AGAUUUGUCAUAUUUUUGUUUAAUGUAAAUAGAAAUAUAGAAGUUUCCAAAUGCAGCACAACUUUACGCUAAUUACAGUCUAGCCCAGAUCUACCAUCACUAAUUCACAAUCCACAUCACCGACGCCCCAGGGGCACGACAGUCCCGCCAAGCGGUUUUUCCUUGCCCAAUAUUGACCACAAGAACCCUCAAGAUCUGAGGUGGCAGUCUGCCAUUCGUCAAUAUAGUAACCGGAAAAUAGAGGUGAUAGUCAAGUCCUACAGAGCAGCUACACUGGAUCUGUCCCCCAUCUAGAGCGCUCAUAAAUUUUCCACAACACCACCGUCGAAAAUUCACAACGCGUUUCUCUCCCUCCAUUUCACUGAAUUUAGCCAGGCUCGAAACAAAUCCAUCGGGGCUCGACAACAAUGGCGUCCGAGAACGACACUAGCGGAUCCGGAUCCGGCUCCACCACCAAUGGUGAAGCUCCUCAAACUACGCAGCACCGCAAGGUUGCUCUCAUCACAGGCAUAACGGGUCAAGACGGGUCGUACCUGACGGAGUUCUUGCUGAACAAGGGUUACGAGGUCCACGGACUGAUUCGGCGGUCCUCCAACUUCAAUACGCAGCGGAUCAACCACAUCUACAUCGAUCCGCACAACGCCCACAAGGCUCGAAUGAAGCUCCAUUACGCCGAUCUCACUGACGCCUCUUCUCUCCGUCGCUGGCUUGAUACAAUCGCUCCCGACGAGGUCUACAAUCUAGCCGCCCAGUCACACGUCGCCGUUUCGUUCGAGAUCCCUGACUACACCGCCGACGUCGUUGCCACCGGUGCCCUCCGCCUCCUCGAGGCCGUUCGCUCCCACAUCGCCGCCACCGGGCGUUCCAACAUCCGAUACUAUCAGGCCGGAUCGUCGGAGAUGUUCGGCUCCACGCCGCCUCCACAGUCAGAAACGACGCCGUUCCAUCCCCGUUCUCCUUACGCCGCGUCCAAAUGCGCUGCCCAUUGGUACACGGUUAAUUACCGCGAAGCGUAUGGGAUCUACGCGUGCAAUGGGAUACUAUUCAAUCACGAAUCGCCGAGGAGAGGCGAGAAUUUCGUGACCAGGAAGAUCACGCGAGCGGUGGGUCGGAUCAAGAUCGGGCUGCAGAGCAAGCUGUUCUUGGGGAAUUUGCAGGCCUCGAGGGAUUGGGGUUUCGCCGGUGAUUACGUGGAGGCCAUGUGGAUGAUGCUUCAGCAGGAAAAGCCCGACGAUUACGUGGUGGCAACUGAGGAUUCACACACGGUACAAGAGUUCCUGGAGGUGGCUUUUGGGUAUGUGGGAUUGAAUUGGAGAGACCACGUGGAGAUAGACAAGCGGUAUUUUAGACCCGCAGAGGUUGAUAAUCUCAAAGGGGAUGCGAGCAAGGCGAAGAGAGUUCUUGGAUGGAAACCAAAAGUUGGGUUCCAGCAGUUGGUGAAGAUGAUGGUGGAUGAAGAUAUUGAAUUGGCUAAGAGGGAGAAGGUACUUGUUGAUGCUGGCUAUAUGGAUGCCCAACAACAACCCUAGAUUUCUCUACUCCUGCUCCAGUUUUUGGUUAAGUUCAACCAAGUUUAUUUUUCUACAAUUAGGGGUUUAAUCCUAAUAUAUGGUGCAAUUGAAUGGCUUCCAGAGCUUAGUAUAUUGUCAUUUCAGUAAUUUUAUUGCUGUUCUUUUUUCAUUUCGCCAGUUUGUUCGAUUUUUAUGUAACUUAAAUUCAUUCAUUUUGAGCAUUUUUUACACAGAAGUCCACUGUUAAGAAGUAUAUGUUUGAAUGUCACUGUGAUUUCAUUUCCAUUGCUACUUGCAAUUCCUGUAUUAGUACAUCAAUUCCUUCAAUUUACUGGUUCUGGGCCUACAUUCUUAUCUUGUUGGCCUACAUUCUUAUC